AAACGAAGCAUUCAAAACAAUAUCUUAAUUGCAAAUUGUUCAAUCAACAACUACGAUUUUCACGAAUGAAAAAAUCGAAUAAUGUCUGAAAAAAUACACAAUUUUUAUCCGGUUGUGAAGAAAAGUGAUGUCCUUGCAAAGAAACAUUUACCAAGAAAAGCUAAUGAUACUUUAAAAGUUAAACCUGAUAUACAGCAGGAAGUGUAUCCUUCUGCUAAAGAGGAGUAUGAUUUCAGUUUGCUGAAAGACUUUGAUUUAAGAUGUGAAUAUGGUCCCUGCAUUGGAAUAACAAGAUUGGAAAGAUGGAAAAGAGCCAAAUAUCAUGGUUUGAAUCCACCAAUUCAAGUUAAAGAAAUCAUAGAAUCACACGAAAAUGAUACAAGCAUCUGGCAUGAAGAAGAUCUGUACUAAAGUCUUCUGAAUUUUUAAGCAAACCAGUCAGAUGGACGAGUAAAUGGACUGACCAUGGAUCACCUUUUGGACAUGGAUUAAAUUCUAAAAAAUUUUAAAACAAAUUUUUUGAUGAAAAAUUAAAACAAAUUUUUAAUGAAAAAUAUUGUGGUUGUAAACCAAACAAUAAGUAGAUUUUAUGAGCUGUAUAUGCUCCAACUGGAUUAUGCAAUGUAAAGGAAUCACCUUAAAACAAAUAGUUAGCUUACAAUACAAUAUAAUUUUUUACUUGAAA